AUGUCUCUGCCUGCCCGACCAUCCAGGAGUUGGUCGAUAAAGGACACAUAUGGCUUCAUUGCAACAUAUGUCCAAACCCAAGCGCAGCCAGCUCGCCAGACUGCUCCCAUCGCACGCACGUCACAGCCAAGCUUAAGCUUGUGCCAAGUAGUACCCGCCGCCUCGCGAUCGAUAUCUACCCGUAGAAGGGCAAAGGGCCACGCUUCGUCGGUGGCUUCACUUGCCGGUCAUGCCCCAGCUUGUGCAACCAAGGUCCCGCGUAUCGUACGCCGCGAAUUCCACAACUAUUUUGUGACACACUUACCGUCCUCCUCGCUUCACCCCGAUUCCCGCGGCUCGCCAGGACUACACCACAAGUUGCCACGAGAUGCUGCAGCUCCUCAUGUUGCAGGUUCACGCUAUGUGCCAGCCACUCCUCCGAAUCUACCAACGUCCCGCGAACUGACCGUGGUGCGCAUUCCAUUGCGCAGUGCUAAACACCACUUUGGAGUUGCGGAGUCCAGAGGCCAGCGUCCAUACAAUGAAGACACGAACCAGGCGGGCACAAUCGACAUGCCAGCCUUCGCCAAACGAGCGCCAAUAAGCCUGGUGCGAAGCAACAUGAAGAAGAGUGGCGAGGCGACAUCGGCAGACAGCGCUUUUGGCGACCCCCAGAUCUUCUACUUUGCUGUCUUUGACGGCCACGGCGGAAACCAGUGCAGUGAUUUCCUGAGGGAUGAGCUCCACGGUUACGUUGAAGAAGCAGCCAAUGAGUUUGAACUCAAGAGUAGCUUGAAAGCUCACAGGAAGGCAAAGGCUCCAAUACCCGUAGUGGCAGAUCGUGAUGCUGGCGGCGAAAGGGGCUUGGACAAGGUGGAGAUGAAGGGUGCAGAAGAGGUCCAACACAUGGCUGAGAUCCCCGAGAAAACCAAGAAUGGUGCAAUUGAGGAACUAGAGAACCCAGGCGCCAUUAAAGGCUGUGAGCCGAAACCUGUGAAAGCCAACGAGUCCAAAGCCCUCAGGCUUCAGAAAGAGCUUGUUCAAGAAUACAAGCAGACAGUUGGCGGUUACUUUCGCCGCUUCUCCCCCGAACACUUCAACCUGCAGGUUGACCCUGACGCUUCGGAGCCAGCCGUCACCAUCGAGUCGGUCUUGACGUACGCUUUCCUCCGCGCAGACUUGGACUUCAUAAGCGCUCAAGCCCAUAAACCAGACCCUGAUGACCCAUAUAUCACGGAUGCGGCCCUUAAUAAGGACGAGGUUCUCGGGUCACCCAGUCACGCGCCACCCUCAGGACAUGACAUAGGCGGCGAAGCGCGUUUCAAGGGCGGAUCUACAGCUUCGAUCGCCUUGAUAUCGACACCUACUCCUGCACCGUUUUGGCACCCAUCCGCAUCAAGCACUCUCCUAGUCGGCCAUGUAGGAGACACGCGCAUAUUGCUCUGUGAGACCGCAACCGGACUUGCGAAACCUUUGACAAGUGAUCAUCAUCCAAGCUCACCCAGGGAGGCUCAUCGUCUGCGCCGCUUUGCUGGUUCUUUCAUUACUGACUCCUUCGGCGAGGAACGCAUUCAGGGACUCGCCAACUCCCGGGCUUUUGGUGAUAUGAGCUCUAAGCGACUGGGCGUUUCUGCCGAACCAGAGAUCACUAGGUGUGAGCUCGGCCCUGCACAAUACAGUUUUAUUGUUCUCAUGUCCGAUGGCGUGUCGGGCACUCUGAGCGACCAAGAGGUUGUCGACGUGGUCAAAGAGGCUAAGACCCCUGAACAGGGUGCCAAAGACGUUGUAAGCUAUGCCACUGAAGUCACCAGUGACGGAGACAACAGUACGUGUUUGGUCGUAAGACUUGGUGGUUGGGAGCGAAGAAGUGAAGGUGGCCUCGGUAGUCUCGGCACUAAGGAGAUUCGGGAUUACCGGCGUCAGGAAGCACUUGAUCCCAGGAGAGGUAGAAGAUGA